CAUUCCGAUUUCUGGGAAUCAAAAAAUCUGUGUUCCGCAGAAGUCUGAUCGUUCGAUGAGCAACCGUGUUGCAAUGGAAUCGUUUUUGAAAAACCUCCAGGAGCAAGUGACUUGUUCGAUUUGCCUCGAUACCUAUAAGGAACCCAAGAUCAUAUCUUGCCUUCACACAUUUUGUUGUAAUUGUCUCAAGAAACAUGCACUAACCAGCCAAAGAAACGGCAGAUAUCGAUGUCCCGAAUGCCAAGCACCAAUCGAUUUACCCAAAGACAACCGCUUCGACAGUUUGCAGACCAGUUUCUUCCACAAUAGUCUUUUGGGUGUCCUUGCAGUUCGGCAGAUUGGCGAUGGAAGGAGUAUUACUUGUUCACAGUGUAGGAAAAAUAAUACUCAAAUGCAUUACUGUUUCGACUGUGGACGCUUCAUGUGCCCUGACUGUCUGAAUGCACACGAAGUAUUAAAGGCUUCGUUCGAAGGUCACAAAGUGAUUUCGGUGAAAGAGUUUAAAGCAGAAGAUUACGAGGCGUUGUUAAGACGGCAGCCGUUUUGCUCCCAGCAGUUUCACGAAAAGGAAAUCAUGCGAUUUUUUUGUAUUCCAUGUCAAAGUUGCGUUUGCCAUAUUUGCAUAGCCACGAAUCACCGAAACCAUGAAGUUGUUGUACUCGACAAAGCGGCCCACGAUGAGAGUCAAAAUAUUAUCGCCGGGGCAGAGUCCAUCAAAGACAAGAUAGAGGAACUAAAUGCGAACAUUCGACAACUUGAAGAAACGACCUCCGUGAUGGAAAGUAAUGUUUUGAAAGCUAAGCGUGAAGUCAUGGAAGCUGCGGAACAGAUGAUCACGCAGAUCCGUGCGCGCGAGCGAGAGCUGAUUAGCUCAAUCGAGACUACGCGCGCGAAGAGACUCGAGCAAAUCAGUUCCGCCAAACAAAAUAUAUUUUCUCUACUCAAACAAUUGAACCAAGCGGUGGACUUCGCUGAUAAUAUAGUGAAGAGAAGCUCAAGCACGGAUAUCAUACAAAAUAAAGGUACUUUGACACAGAGAUUCGAGGAGUUGCGUGCUAUCUAUCACGAAGUUCCUAAACAUCGCGACAUUGUACAUGUUAAAUUUACUGCGGCCUCCAUGGCGGGCCUGAAACUGGGAUCUGUGCAGAUAACGGAAAAGGCAGAUGUGAAGAAAUCAACGCUUCAAGGAAUAGAUCAAACCUUACGGGCUGGUGUAGAAGCAGACUUUUUAUUGUGCCCCAAAACAUCUUCUGGAGAGUUAUGUGACUCGGAGUCAAAUCAAAUUGAGUUUCUGGUUGAGCCCGCUGAUGAUGUGUCGAUGACAUCUGUGCACGAGAACGACGAAGGAACAUUCCAGUUAAAGUUUACACCCAUAUUGUCUGGAGAUUACAGUUUGGAAGUAAAAAUAAAUGGCGAGAAACUUUCUGUUUGUCCAGUAACUGUGCAAGUGAAAGAAUGUGAGCUUGUUGUGGACGGUGAACUGGAUCUGAAUGUUUCCCUUGGUGAUGAAAUACAAGGACCCUUCGGUAUCGCACUCAAUGCGAAAGGAACUAUUGUAGUGUCAGAUUAUUAUGGCCACAGCGUUUAUGUAUUUGACAGUGAAGGAACCUUUUUGCGAAAAAUCGGCCAAUUUAUACAACCUGUCAGUAUUGUUUUUGUUAAUGAUGAAGAUAUUCUGGUCUCCGAUUAUGGCGAUCACAGACUAUAUCAGUAUAAUACGCGAACUGGACUUGAACUGUUCAUAAAAGAAUUUGGAAAACCUGGUACAGGAAAAGGAAAGUUAAAAAAUCCACUUAGACUUUUCAUGGAUGACAAAGAGCAAAUUGUCGUUUCUGAUUACAAUAAUAAUAGAAUACAAGUUCUGGCUAAAAAUGGUGAGAAUAUCUUUACGUUUGGAGACGGUGGACAGGAAAAACUCCUUCAUCCUUUGAGCUACGUUAGUCAUAAAAACCGAUUCUUCGUGUCUGACUCUGACCAUUACUGCAUCAAAGUGUUCAACCAGACAGGACAAUUUUUAUACAAAUUUGGAAGUAAAGGAACGGAAAACGGACAGUUUGUUAGACCUUCUGGUCUGUAUAUAGACAGGCACGAUUGUCUUCUUGUAUGUGACCAGGAAAGUGGCAGAUUUCAAAAGUUUUCCCUUGAAGGUCGUUUUAUUGGCAAGUACACUACUCCUGGGUUAGAAAACCUGAAUGGCGUCGCGGAAAUGCCAGAUGGACGCAUUCUCGUUACAAGUACAAAGUCUAAAAAAGUGUAUAUCAUGAUAACGAAAUAGUUACCCUUAUCAAUAAGGCCGUUUUUAGUAGUGAGUAUUGUCGAUUUUGAGCUGAUUUUCCAAGUCUGCCUUGUACCGGUAAAUAGUCGUUAAUAUGAUAUGAAGACUGAAGGAAACUAAACCGAGUUGAAUUCAACAUUUUAGAGUGAACUAUCAACGACCUACCAAUUUGUCUUCAGAUUUUUCUCACACAAUAAUUAAAAACACGUUAAGCGAUAGUAAUUUUAUGCCGAGUAUUCAUCACCUGAUUUGUUCAAA